UUAUCAACACAGAGUGGUGCACUGACAUAGCAACCAGCCCCAUUGGUCACGUGGUGCAGGUUGCGACGCCGUCAUCAUCAGGGCAGAGAUUUGUGAGGAAUAAGCAGACAGAAGCAGGGAGCUUUGGAGGUGCGCCGCUUUCAUAGCUUUUUGCAUCGUUCCUGGUGUCUCUUUUCUCCCCUCCACCCGACCAGAGAGCAAGAACAGAGUAUCUGUUCAACAUUUUAGAAACCCAAAUGCCCGGUCCCACCCAAGCCCUUUCCCCAAAUGGAGAGAAUAACAACGACAUCGUCCAGGACAACGGAACCAACAUCAUUCCUUACAGGAAAAAUACUGUGCGGGGAGAGCGCGCCUACAGCUGGGGGAUGGCGGUCAACGUAUAUUCUACCUCAAUAACCCAGGAGACUAUGAGCAGGCAUGACAUCAUUGCCUGGGUUAACGAUAUUCUCUGCCUAAACUACACAAAAGUGGAGCAGCUCUCGUCAGGGGCUGCUUAUUGCCAGUUCAUGGAUCUGCUCUUCCCUGGCUGCAUCAGUCUUAAAAAGGUCAAAUUUCAAGCUAAAUUGGAACAUGAAUACAUUCACAAUUUCAAACUCCUGCAGGCGUCCUUCAAAAGGAUGAACGUGGACAAGAUUAUUCCAGUGGAGAAACUUGUCAAAGGCAGAUUUCAGGACAACCUGGAUUUCAUCCAGUGGUUUAAGAAGUUCUUUGAUGCCAACUAUGACGGUAAAGAGUACGACCCGGUGGAAGCCAGGCAGGGUCAGGAUGCCAUUCCACCGCCCGAUCCUGGUGAGCAAAUCUUCAACCUGCCAAAGAAGUCUCACCACGCAGCCAGCUCCCCCACGGCAGGAGCUUCAAGGUUGAGCUCUACUACUCCCAAGGCCUCAACGCCAACAUCCAGACCCUCUUCAGCCAAAAAGAUACCUGCAACUGUAUCGACUCCUGUCAAAGGAGAGAAAGAACUGGAAGUGCAGGUCACACAUCUGACUGAGCAGGUGAACACAUUAAAGUUGGCACUGGAAGGGGUUGAAAAGGAGCGGGACUACUACUUCAGCAAGCUGCGGGAAGUGGAGAUGCUGUGCCAGGAACAGGGUGAAGAAAACAGCCCGUUUGUCGAUCGGCUAAUGGAGGUGCUUUAUGCUUCGGACGAACAGGACCGAGGGGAUCUGGCUGAGGGUGACGGGCAGGAAGCAGACCAGCAAGCCCACGAGGCGACAUCACAAGAUCCGCAGGAAGAACAAGAUGAAUACUGACUGCCAUCAUCCCUCACCGAAGUUAAAACUCCUCUUUUUAUUAUGUGAGAACUGUCAAAGGAUUUUUAAUUUUCACUGUUGUUAUUUUAUUUUAUUUUAUUUUUGUUCUCUCCAAGAAUGAGCACAUGAAGCAACCUUCUGGAUUAAAAAAAUACCAUCACAGGG